AUGCCUCGAUCCCAGCACUCAGAUAGUCAAUACCUAGCAUCUCCAUAUGCUGAGUCUUGUAUUGAUCCAGAUAUCCUGCAACCGGACGACUUCCUUAACUUCCCAAACCAAGCAGGUCGUACUGCAACCUCCUUUUCUGAUUACUCUCUCCCGCCUACACGACACCGUUAUACUAUUCUCGCACUGGAAUCACUUCGUCGUGUCCGCAAGCAUCUCCAAAAGCAUUGGAUCCUCUUUAACGAUAAGCUGACCGUAGCGUGGAGCAUUGAUUUGCAUAGUACCCUUAGCAUUUCCCGAUAA